UUCUGAAGAUCGCCCAACUACAGAAGUAUGGACCAGCCUCACUCCCUGAGAGGACUCAUAGCUCCUAGUGUUCAAACUGCAUACAUCCCUGAUCAAUACCUGGUGGGUAAUUCACGUUUUGUGAAUAAUACAUUCAUUGCGCAGCCACCGCCUCGGCCUCAGCUAAUUGUGCAGCCACCUAGUUUUGUGAGACCUCUAAGACCUCAACAAAUAUUCUACCAAACAAAUGCUGCCUCUCAUCAAUACCACAGGCCUGGACCUCCUCCUCUUAUUUUUCAUCCUCGUCACUCAAGACUUGUUCAAAGACCGCCUGUUACUCCAGUGCAACCAACACCAGCUGUAAUGCCUUCAGCAUUUAAGAGGAGACCCUCCACUUUGCAAUAUUUCCCUGCUUCUUCAAUGAGUGGCCAUGUACCACUGUCCCACGUCCAGUGCAACUGCAUUUGCUAUCAGUCUAAACUGUGUUGUUGCUAUUCGCAUAGCAUUGUUCCAUGUCAUAGAACAACAUACCAUCACAAUCACAACAUUUAUGCUCAACAGCAGCAGCCUGCCAUUUUCCAAUCCUGUACAAGGCAGACAAGAUAUGUACAUCAGAAUACUUCGCAUGCCACUAAUAAUGCACCUGGUUUCAUUGUUCAGGAGACAAGACAAGUUCCGGCUCCUAUUGAUGUUCUUCAACCUAGCGCUAGACCUGAAGUCCUCACACCUACAGAUUCUGAUCCUAAUGGAGAAGAAGAAACCGAUAGGAUGGAAGCUCAACCAGAGAAGAGACCCAGAGUUGACGCUAGUCCUCCUUACUCGCCGCAGUCUUUGAUAAUUGACCUGGAUCCGGACUUUAGCGAUGACAUCCUCAUCAAUGACAAACUGCCAUUCGAAGAUUUCGCAGAAGAUCCAAACUCCAACAACAACAACAACAAUAAUGAUAAUAGCAGUUGUUUAGUGACGGAAUAUACAUGUAGCAGUAAUAGUCUCGUAAGUGAAGAUGAACAUAGCAUUGAAGGAAUAAAAGGAAUAUAUGCUUUGUCGCCUAAAGUAUUAUUCCCACAAAAAGAUUUCGUAGAGGAGACAGCUCUGGAUUGCACUGGAGUACAAGGUGAUGAUGAUGAUACACUACUUGACAAUGAGUCUGAGCAGCAGCAAGUAACCUACAGCCAGUCAACUGAGCUGAAUGUACAGGUAUCGGUUGCUGAAGAAACAUUGAACUCUUAUGAGAAUGAAGGCCAAGAGCCAGUACAAUCAGGCAACCAAUGUAAGACAGCAACUCCAGAAGAGGCGAUAGAAUUCGGGAUUAGUGAAGUAUCUGUAUAUGAGAUGCCUUCUCCUAUAAAUGAUGCUGUUGAAGUGGAGGAGCUCCAGCGUCCUGAUACUGAAGGGAAUGAUGAUUAUAUAACUCUUACUCAGGAGGUGUCAUCCUUAAUAUCAGUCUUAGCAUCUUCUAUUGGUUCACUCCCUCCUUUAGAUGACUCCACCAAUAUAUUGUCUCCUGAUUCCUCUUCUCUUAUUGACUCUACUGUUCUAUCACCUCUUGGUUCGUUUGAUGAUUCUUCUAAUUCCUCACCCGAUUCUUUCGAUGAUUCUUCUAACCUCUUGCCUCCUGAAUUUUUCAUCGACUCUUCUAGUGCCUCCCCUCCUGACUCUAUUCAUGGUCCUUCUAAUGCCUCACCUCCAGCUCUUAUGGAUGAUGAUCCCUCUAAUUCUAAUAUAGAUGAUCUUUCUAAUUCUGAUAUGGAUCAACUCACUAAUUUUGAUACAGAUUAUCCCUCUGAUACAGAUACAGAUGAUCCCUCUGAUUCUAAUACAGAUGAUGAAUUCUCUGAUCUCUUGCUUUCCUUGGACAAGGACAAUUCUUCUAUUUCCUCGCCUCCAGUUCUUAGGAGUAGCACCUCACCUCCACCUGAUGCCAAGUCUUCUUCUCCACUGCUCAUAUCAAUUCCAUUGAGUGUACUGGAUUAUGAUGCUUCAAGUGAUCAUUCCGUGUGUCCUGAGCCCUCACCUCUGGUUGUAUCAUAUCCUAUAUCAGUAUGGCUAGGAAGACGUCAGAAGGAGCGGAAUGACAAUAGUCAUAAUAAUAAUAGUGAUAGCAGCCUCGAUGACUCAAAGUCUAGAUUAAAUAAAAUUCUUGAUAGCUCUGCGCUCUUGUCAGCAAUUGAUCUGUACAUUGUGAAAGGAUUCUUUUUAAGUACGCUUCCAAAAAUGGAGAAAGAAGUUUUGAAAUAUGCACUUACACAUUCUCCUGCUACUGCAAAUAGUAAAGCAUUCUAUAUUGGGAUCGAACUAAACUUAACGACUAAAGAGUGGGUCAGUUUCAAGCACUACGGAGAUUCCUUAGACAUCUUUGAUAACUCUAUACACAUGUAAACCAAUUGUAACAUUAUGCACA